AUGGCAGAUCUGGAUCCGUGGCUGGCCAGCCUGUCAGCAGAACUACUCGGGCGUCUACAAGAUGAUCCGUCAUGUCGACCGCGCACGCUCGUCUUGCAUCAUCGCGGCCGGCUAGAUACGGACCAUGCGAAGAAUUGGAUGGCAGGGCGCACUUCUGAGUUGACAAAAACAGUCAGCAGAUCGUGCGCUUUUCCUGAAUGUUCCGUGGCGUCCAUAAAACCUGGCAGCGCCGCUGGAGCAGACUGGCCAAUCCCGGCAUCAGUCAUAGCAGAGACCGCAAGGAAGCUCUUGCAAGAGCGGGUCAGCUCCCCCUUCCCUUGCAGCCGCCUGGCUCUGGGAGCAACAGAUUUCGUCAAGGUCGAACAUCACGGGCCUCGCAUAACCGCCUUCUUCAACGCCAAAGCUCGCGAGGAUCAAGAAGGUCCUGAGGAGAAGUCGCCGCCGCCUACCGAGUCGGAGUCUGAAAACGAAGGCUUCGACUUUGGCAGCGAGGAACCCGUGACAGAGGUGCCGCCCGCGACCGCACAAACGAAGGAGAGCCGCCAGGGCCAGGACGUGCUUCCAAUCAACGUUGCCGAGUUCCAUCGCGCGAGCCGUUUGCAUUUCCUGGGCACCUGGCGGGAGCGCUUCGAGCGCUGGCGUGCCGCUGGUGGAGGCGGAGCAGGGCCAGAAGUUCCAGAGCAGGCCGACCGACUGCGUCAGGAGGUGGCAGUGCUUCAGCAAGAUGAUGCCGAGGCUGUGUGGGCUCAUUUGGACAUGGAUUGCUUCUUCGCCUCCGUAGCAACUCGUGACAUGGCCCAGUCGGCCGGGACAGAAGCAGAGGAGGAGGUUCCCACAGCCGUGGUCUCUGGGCUGGGAGCCAGUUCGGAAAUAUGUUCAGCGAACUAUGCCGCUCGUCGCGCUGGCGUGAAUACUCAUCUCUGGUCUGUUGAGCGAGCGCGGUCAGUUCUGCCAUCGUUGAGGCUGGUUCCAAUAUCAUCUGAGCUACUUCGCUCCGUUGAAGAGACCUGGAAGAAGGUAUACCAGCUGCUUGUGGUGGCUUGCAAAGACGAGCCAGACCAUGUGUUCAUGAGAUCUUGCGAUGAGGCCGCAUUGUCGGUGAAAGGAGUGCGGGAUCCCUUGGCUUGGGCAGAAGCCCUGCGCGAGGCCGUUCGUGUGCAGACAUGCUGCACCUGCAGCGUUGGCAUCGGGCCAAGCCAACUCGUUGCGAAGCUCGCGACGAAGGCCUGCAAGCCAAACGGACAGCGGAGGGUAUUGCAGAAGGAGGUCAGGCCAUUCAUUGCUGAUCUGCCCUUGCGGGACAUGCCGCAGGGUCAGUUUACAGGGAUCCCGGAAGCUUGGGGCUCAAGGGAAGCAGAAGACAUUGAAGCUGGGAUUUAG